GCCGGUCGUCCAGACUCCAGAGCGAAGACGAGGCAAAGCAGCCACCAAUGAGGCGGAUAAGCCGCUUGUGGCCACCACCCGCCCCGCCUCCCACAGCCUCCUACUUCAAAGCUCUACGUACUCCACUACCCUGAGCUCUAUACUGCCAAGAGGAGACUCGAUCGAUCAAUCGAGAGAAAGAGGAAAAUAGCUAGCUAGCAGCGGCGAUCAUGGCGUCCGUGGGGUUCGGCACGAGCAUGGCCGUGGCGCCGGUGGCGGCGGCGGGGAUGGGAAGCGGGCGGAGGCUUCGGAGGACGCAGGUGGUGGCGGCGACGAGGGGCCAGGCGGCGCCGAAGAAGCAGGAGAAGGGGAUCCUGGACUUCAUCGUGGGCGCCAUCGUCAAGGACGAGCAGCUGCUCAUCGAGACCGACCCGCUCCUCAACAAGGUCGACACCCCCGCGCCUUCCCCCGCCUCCGGCACCGUCUCCAAGAAGAAGCCGGCCGCCGAUGACGGCGGCGGCGGGUUCAGCCUCGGCGGCCUCUUCGCCAAGAAAGGAUGAAGACAUGUAUGCUUGCUUAUCAAUUAUCAUCAUCAUGGUCAUAGCUUGAUGUAAUUCUUGAGGCAUCGCAAAGAUUGCAUAUAUGUACAUUUGGUGUGACUCAAGUGACUUUUUUUGGCUGUGAUAAUGUCCUUCUACUUAUUGUUUCACUUACAUGACAUCACAGAGCACUUGUUGCCUUUUUC